AUGGAGAAUUCAGAACUUUUAAAAUAUUAAUUGAAUUUAAUGACAAAUAAUCAAGUAUGUAUUGGAUUCAAUAUGUUUUUUCACUAAUAGUUCCUAAAUUCUGGAACUACUAAUUCAAAAAAGUAUUUAGAAUAGUCGGAAAAAAUAAUUGAAAAUUGGAAAAACUUAACAGAUGAAGAUAAAGUGAAAUGGCAUUAAAAAGAAGACGAAUUAAAAUAGUAGGUAUAGAGUUAAAGAUAUUAAAAAAAAAUUUAAAGUUAAACUCAUCUUUAAGAUCUAAACCGCCAAAAAUCAAACGAAAAUAAUUUAGAAUAACAUACUAUAGAAGAUAUUGAAAAUGGUAUUAAUUAGUUGAAAUUUGACAAAGCUAAAAAAGAUUAUUUCUAAAGGAUAUAUAUUUGCUAAAAAGAAGAUGAAGAUAAAAAAAAUGUUAAACCAUAAAAAUAAAAUAAAAAAAACUAUUAAGAUAAGAAAGAAGAAAUUUUAAUUGAUGAUAAUGAUGAUUUUGUUCUUUAAAAUUAUGUAGGAAAAAAAUCAAAUAUUAGAUAAUCAAAAUAAAAUAUUUAAAAAUAAGGAUGUGGAAAAAAAAAAAUGUGA